UGACGGUCUUCUCUUGUCGAUAAACAAACAUGUAAAAUAUCUCCAUUCACGCAGCGGGGAGUGUGUCCUUUGUGAGGCAGGCUGUUUGUUGGACACAUUGAGGUGAACACGACGAAAAAAGCAAGCGGCUAAUUUUUUCAUGGACUUCUUCUUCUUAUUAUUAUUAUUGAGCGUUUUCGUUGUGCAACCGUAUCGCUGGAAAUGAGCGUGGACAUGUAGCUAAUGUUGGUCAAAUAUCUCUGACUUUUAUUGUAUAAUAGCGUGUUGUGAGCUACACCUUUCAGGCCUUAUUGUGUGUUUUCUACUUUAAAAAAAUCAGCAGGGGUUUCUCUCCUUUUUUUCUUUCUUUCUUGGAUUAGUUUGCUCAGAAGUCAGUAACGUUACCAUGAGUUUCUUUAGUUUUGGACAAACUGCAGAAAUUGAUGUAGUACUGAAUGAUGCCGAAACGAGGAAGAAGGCUGAACACAAGACUGAAGAUGGAAAGAAAGACAAAUACUUUCUUUUCUAUGAUGGUGAGACUGUCAGUGGAAAGGUGAAUGUCACACUGAAGAACCCCGGGAAGAGGCUGGAGCACCAAGGGAUCAAAAUUGAAUUUGUUGGACAAAUAGAGUUGUAUUACGACAGAGGAAACCACCAUGAGUUUGUUUCCCUGGUUAAAGACCUCGCCAGACCUGGUGAAAUAACUCAGUCGCAGACCUUUGACUUCGAAUUCACUCAUGUGGAAAAACCUUACGAGUCCUACACAGGCCAGAAUGUUAAGCUAAGAUACUUUCUACGCGCUUCGGUGAUCAGAAGACUAAAUGACAUCACUAAAGAGAUGGACAUCGUCGUCCACACGUUGAGCACUUACCCCGAACUCAACUCGUCCAUUAAAAUGGAAGUUGGAAUUGAGGAUUGUCUCCACAUUGAGUUUGAAUACAACAAAUCCAAGUACCAUCUGAAAGAUGUUAUUGUGGGAAAAAUCUAUUUUCUGCUGGUGAGGAUUAAGAUAAAACACAUGGAGAUUGACAUCAUCAAACGUGAGACAACAGGCACUGGCCCCAGUGUAUACCAUGAAAACGACACUAUUGCCAAGUAUGAGAUAAUGGAUGGAGCACCAGUCAGGGGAGAGUCCAUUCCCAUCCGGUUAUUUCUGGCUGGCUAUGAUCUGACUCCCACCAUGCGGGACAUCAACAAGAAGUUCUCUGUGCGCUACUACCUGAACCUGGUGCUGAUUGAUGAGGAGGAGAGACGCUACUUCAAACAGCAGGAGAUCACACUGUGGAGAAAAGGGGACGUGGUGAGGAAGAGCAUGUCUCACCAGGCAGCCAUCGCCUCUCAGAGGUACGAGGGCUCGGCCGCCUCAGAGAGCGCAAUGGAAAAGAUUGCAAAGGAGGAAAGUGGGUAGAGCCGCCGCCCUCCAGUCUCCUCUCACAAGACUCAUCAGCGUCUGCGUCGGAGUGGUGGAGGUACCUGUCUACUGUACAACAUCUGGUGGUGCAGCUGUUUUCGUUGUAGCCGCUGCUGGUAAAGGGAGGAAGAAGGGAAACCGACUUACAGUAAACAGUAUGUGAACAAUGAAAAAGAACAGUUUGCAUGAGGCAUUUAAAGUGGCUUCAACCUGCUGGUCUUAUCCUUCCUCAUUAAUGCAUUUUUUUUCUCUUCGUCUUGGGAAUCAAACUAAUCACCAGUUGCAGUAUUGACUGUGUAAAAUCCUCUGCAUUAAAUUUUUAAGCGAUCACCCUUCUGUAUGUCAUUCUAACGCUUUUGGGGUAAAUUGGUUUCUAAUCUCUUAAUUAAUGCAACUAAACUGUCAUGUAUUUCCAGCUAAAUGUAUCUCCGACAUUCCACGUUUAAUGAACGCAUUCCUAACAUUGUUGUAAAGUCAAGAAAUCUGAAGUAACUUUGCACUGCUAUAUCUUGUUCAACACAGUUUUCUCUUUGUUUGUGUGCGUUUGCACAAAUGAUAGUGGACGUGGGAACUGGAAUUUAAUCUUUUUUUGUGUGUGUGUGUGAGAGGGCUCAAGUAUUAUCCCACACAUUUUGUUGAGAUCUGUAAAUAAGACCAGCUAAAACCAGUUAUCCUGUUCUAGUUUGUGUACAUCGAUUAUACAGUACACAGUGCCACAAAAUGACCUUUCGUGAUCAUACGCUUUACCUCAGCAUUCCAGUGGUGUUAGGAAAGGAUGUCAAAGUGUUUGUAUUAAUAAGGUCUAAUAGUAUGAAGUCCUCUGUAUCUUCUCUUUUAGAGACUUGAAAGUUGUGCCUAUGUGUAUCAAGCAAAUUAAAUCCUCCUGCCUCUAACAUGAUUUUAGUCUUUUAACCAGAGAAAAGUUACAGUAGAACUAUCUAUCUUUUGCAAUAUGCUUAUCAAGUAUUCCUUGUCCCCGAAAGUCAAAUAAAUUGAUGCCAAAUGGAAAAACUCAGACUUUGUUGUUUUGCAGAAUUGAGUGAAUGUGUUGACAUGAUAAACCUGAAAUUG